GUCUCCAGGCUCCCUCGGAGAAAAGAAAGCAGAGAGCAACCCCCCCAAUCAACCGGCCGAUCUGAUCUUUCCCUCCGAAGCAAGAAGAAGACGGACAGCGCAGAGAUGCGUCCACGAUUCGCUCUCGCUUUCCCACUGGCUCAUUAAAUCAAAUUAUCAGAGCUUUUGCUUCGCUUCGUCCUCAUUGACCCGAACCCAACAUAGGUCUUCUCCUUCUUUCGGGACUUCCAACACGAGCUCUCUGUCCCGUUUAAUACGGCUCUCUACCCAACGGUCCCCUGAGUCCUCGAGCUUUCCCGGUUUCUCCCCACUGCUAGGGCUUCCUCCUCCUCCUCCUUCUCCUCCUUCUGCCCAUGGCAUUUUGGUGAAGCGCGGGCAAUGGCGGCGAGUUCCAGGGGAUUUGCGACUCAGCUCGACUUCAGGCUCGAGUUUCCGCUCGCCCGGAGCGGCAAGCUGGAGCUGGGGAAGCGGGCGCGGAGGAGAGCUGUUCGCGUGGAGGGACUGGGGGAUCCGGUCGGAGCGAGUCGGAUCGGGUGCUGCUGCUCCGACUCGGUGGUUCCGGCUCGGAGGACGGCCGGGAAGGGCGCGGAGAAGAGCGACGAUUGGCGGUUCGAGUCGAAGAAGAUCGCCCCCACGCCCGCAAUGCCCUUCGCUUCUCCGCAGUCUCAUUUUGUUUCUAAGCAAGAAAAGUUUUAUCCACGAUGUACCCCCAGAAACUCUGGUCCACAGUCCCAUGAUACACCGCCGAAAAGAGACACCGGUAUUGCAAAUGAGAAGGACUGGGGCAUCAACUUGUUAAAUGAAAACGUUAAUGAGACUGGCACUAAUGAAGACGGCAGUACUUGGUACAGAGAGAGCGGGGAAGACUUGGGCGAUAAUGGAUACAGAUGUAGAUGGACAAGGAUGGGUGGUCGAUCUCAUGAUGGUUCUUCAGAAUGGAAAGAAAUGUGGUGGGAGAAAAGUGACUGGAGUGGUUACAAAGAACUAGGAGUAGAGAAAUCUGGAAAAAAUGCAGAAGGGGAUUCAUGGUGGGAAACAUGGAAUGAAGUUUUGCAUCAAGAUGAAUGGAGCAACCUAGCGAGGAUAGAGAGGAGUGCACAGAAACAAGCAAAAUCAGGCACUGAGAAUGCUGGUUGGUAUGAGAAAUGGUGGGAGAAGUAUGAUGCCAAAGGGUGGACUGAGAAAGGGGCACAUAAGUAUGGUAGACUCAAUGAACAGUCGUGGUGGGAAAAGUGGGGAGAGCAUUAUGACGGACGAGGAUCUGUCCUAAAAUGGACAGAUAAAUGGGCGGAGACAGAGCUUGGGACCAAAUGGGGAGACAAGUGGGAAGAGAAGUUCUUUGCUGGCAUAGGUUCACGUCAAGGGGAGACAUGGCAUGUAUCUCCAACCGGCGAACGAUGGUCGAGGACAUGGGGGGAGGAACACUUUGGAAAUGGCAAGGUGCACAAGUAUGGGAAGAGCACGACCGGUGAAAGCUGGGAUAUUGUUGUCGACGAGGAAACUUACUAUGAGGCUGAACCUCACUACGGGUGGGCAGAUGUAGUUGGCGAUUCAACCCAGUUGCUCUCAAUCAAUCCCCGUGACAGACCGCCUGGUGUUUACCCGAAUUUCGACUUUGGCUCAGCUGCUUCACCCCCUCCUGACGAUUCUCAGGAUCCACCAGCAGCCCCUUUGUGAUAAUGGAGGAGGAUCUAAGUCAUCAGCAUUGUUCUUUUCUAUUGUUCGAGUCCAAUUGUAUUCGUCCGAACUCCUCAUGUAGCAUUAGUUAUGUGAAUAUUGUUUGAUUAAUUCAUUCUUUCCAUAGUUGAUUCCUCUUAAACCUCCAACUUAGAUCAGCUCCUUUGUGAUUGUUUUUAACAUCUCUUUCCCCAGACCUCAGCUCACCCAUGUAAACUAGCCAUCUGCAUCCUAUCCGACAGCUUUUGGCUUUCCGAUACAAAUUGAAUUUUUCGUGUU